UAGAGCUUAAAAGCCAGGUAGGUUGAUCUGUCAAGCAAGCAAUGCAGAAGCCAGUGAGCCAGAACCCAUCUGUCUCAUCACCAAGUUGACACGUUUCCAACAUUCUCUUAAACACCAUUUUUAUAUUCCCAUUACCCUUUAAUUAUACAAUUCCAAAAACGCCCCAUUGCAAUUCACAAAACCCCUCGUCAAUUCCCCAUUUUACCCCUCACCAUUCCUGCAAAUUCCCAUCUCUUAUAAACAAAAAUAAACUUCACUUCUUCGCUCUCUCUCUCUCUCACUGUCUCUCUCUCUCUCUCCCUUCUUCUCUCUCUUUCUCUCUAAAUUCUUAGUCGAUGGAGAAAGGCGAGAGCUCAGUGGCCGAGCAAGACACCGAAGAAGAAACCAACCCUACCCAACACCACCUUAUGUCGGCCCCACCCGGGUUGACUCAGGACGAGUUCGACGAGUUGAGGCGUUUCGUCUCCGAGUUCCACACCUACCAAGUGGGUCGCGGCCAAUGCUCUUCCAUACUCGCGCAGCGAAUCCACGCGCCGCUCGACACCGUCUGGUCAGUAAUCCGACGGUUCGAUAAGCCACAGACCUACAAGCACUUCAUCAAGAGCUGUACGGUCAAAGAAGGUUUUAAGAUGACCGUUGGAUGUACCAGGGAGGUAAAUGUCAUUUCCGGUCUACCGGCCGCGACGAGCACGGAGAGAUUGGAUAUACUCGAUGAUGACCGACACGUCACCGGUUUCAGUAUCAUCGGAGGAGAGCACAGGCUCAGGAAUUACCGGUCCGUCACGACGGUGCAUGAGUUCCAGCGCGAUGGGAGGAUCUGGACAGUGGUUUUGGAAUCGUACGUCGUGGAUGUGCCGGAGGGAAACACCGAGGAGGACACGCGUCUGUUCGCUGAUACAGUCGUGAAGUUGAAUCUCCAAAAGCUCGCAUCGGUGACUGAAGGGCAGGCUCAGGCCCGAGACGGUGACGGUAAGUCACAGGUGAUCUGAGAAAAAAAAAAAAAAGGAAAAAGAAAAAGAAAAAAACUCACACGGAUUCAAUGAAGAAAAAAAGAAAAAAAAAAGGGGUGUAAAAAAAAAAAAACUUUUUUUUUUAAUUUUAUUUUUGGGGGGUUUUUGUUUUUGCGAGUACUUCUUAAUUUCUUUUAUCCUUUUUUUUUUCCACCUUAUCAUGACUUGUGAAAUCACCAACAUAUCCUUUGUUACCAUGGAUUGACUGGGAUGCCUAUAUAUAUAAAGCGUUUGAAACUGUGAGUAGAAGGUGGGAGGGCAUUUCAGUCAAUGCACGUGUACAGAAUAUCAAGUUGAGGAUGUUGAUGUUGUUUUUUUAUUA